CUGUGUUAAUUACCCUCUCUGUUUCCUUCCUUGGGUGCAUCUUUCCUGAGUCUUGCUACAAGUGUUCCUUGUGUGGAUUUUGUUGGACUUUGGAUUUUCAUUUGAGUACCAGCAGGGUUUGGUGUGCAGGAUCACACGUCAAACAAAGGAGGCUCACAUCUCUUCUCCGAGUGAUUGGGCUCGAGCGGGCGGAAAAACAAACUGGUGCCGUGUUGGUUCGUGAGUUCAACCAGCUGAGAACCAGCGCCAGCACCAGCCCAGAAAUACAACCCGGUUCGAGUUGGUCAAAAGAGAACCUAUUACCUUCCUCUGACCUUCUGAGGAAGUAGAGGAAGUGAUUGAUUGACGGGACAAAUCACUCAGGGGACCUUUCGGGCGACAGGUGAACUCCAUAGCACGGCGUUGACAGAGUCACAUCACUGUUGUCAGGAUGUCAGCCGACUCACCAUCGCAACUGCUGAGUGACAGACAGAGCAGGUCCCAAUUUGGCGUCCACCAGGGCUCCAUACUCGGUCCUCUGCUUUUGCACAAACUACCUCCUAGUCUGCAGAAGUCACCUGAGGGGACACUUACCUGACAGGUCUACAUGAUUCGCUACACUUUGCUGCCCCCUGCUGGAUUUGCAUGAGGCCUACACUAUUUUAUGAAAGAAGAUUUUAGUCACUUCAGACACUUGCAGGACCGAUAACAGGAAGACUUUGAGGACAUUCAGCUCUUGUUUUUUGUGGUGACCACCUGGCUCAAGUUUUACGCACAGUUGAACCUUGUUACCUGUAAAAUGUUAAAGUUAUGUGUGUUGGACAACUUAUCCAGCUGCAUUAGAGGUGUGAAGUACCUUUGCGUGCUUCAAACCCUCUCAGCUGCAGAAGUCUGGUGUCUCCUCCCCGGCUGUCCCAGCUGCGCCCUCCCCUUUCCAGGCUCCUCCUCUGCUCGGCUCCUCGGUCCAUCGAGCGAUCUCUUCCCAAACUUUCCGUGCCAGGGCUUCCUGAAGCUCCUGUGUUGUGUUUGGCUCCAGGGAGAAAGCUGUAUCACAAAUGGAGGACUUGUGAAAUACACAGAAUUAAACAUGGUACUGGUGAGCGAUGAGGCUUUCGAAGCUCUGACCCAGGGACCCCUCCAGGACCAGGUUUCCUACAAGGACUCCCGGGGGAAUCGAUCCGCGUCUGAGGUGGAGUAUGGGGGAGAGAAGAGACUGGGGAGGCCAGGAGGGUCACCUGCAGGCCUCCAGCUGUUUCUGGACCCGGACACAGAGACCUCAGAGAGUAGGAGGAAACCAGCCAGCAUGAGAUUAAAACCUGUGGAGCAGCUUUCACCGGCACAGACUCCGAGUGACUGUGAGACCAAGUUUGACAGGAAGAAAACCCAACCCAGCCAACUCUCAAAGACAAACAUCCAGUAUCAUAAGAUAUUCAAGGAGGUCAGCAAAGAUGAGCUCCUCAUGCAAAGUUACACUUGUGCCCUCCAGAGAGACAUCUUAUAUCAGGGCAAAAUGUUUGUGUCUGAUAACUGGAUCUGUUUCCACUCCAAAGUCUUUGGCAGAGACACAAAGAUUACUAUCCCGGUGGCGUCUGUGACCUUCAUCAAAAAAACAAAAACUGCAUUAUUAGUGCCAAACGCCCUCGUGAUUGAAACCACCAGUUAUCAGCACGUGUUUGUGUCCUUCCUCUCCCGAAACACCACCUACAAACUGCUGAGGUCCAUCUGCGUUCAUUUGGAGGUGGAGAAGAUUUGUGGCAGCCCCACCAACUCCUCCUGUGAGAACAGCUUCAGGGUGGAUUGUCCAUCUCCACUCCCUCUGGACUUCUCCGGAGACUUCUCUGACCUCGAUGGGGUUGUUCAGCAGAGACGGCAGGAGAUGAUGGAGAGCAGCAGCUCCGGCUCCCAGACUCCAGAUUACGACAAAAUAACAGACUUCCCCGACACAUUUCUGAGUGCAGUGAAGAGCGGAGAGGUUUCAGUCCACGCAGACAUCCACCUGCAGACUCCAAGCCAAACGCAUGGAGCCGCACUUAAGAACGGGUCUCCUAAUCCAGCACUCAAAGACAAACCCGCACAGCCCAUGUCGUUGCACACCAUCCUCGUCAUCUAUUUGUUUCUAGUCAGCGUCCUCGUCCUGUCCUCCUGUUACAUGGCUUUCAAGAUCGUGGCUCUGGAGCAUCGUUUGAACUCGCUGGUGUCCGUGGGGGAACACAUCCGCAGCAGCGAAAACGGUGUGAGCCAAAGGUCACAGAACGAAGUGAAUGCUGAGAUCUACGGAGAGCUGUCAAACAACCUGUUCAGACUAGAAAAGAUUCAAAGAAACCUCCGCAAGCUACUUGAAGAGACUUAAAAGAAGUCUUGAAAGAAGCUUUACCUUUUCUACAAUUCUCAGUCUUUCACUGAAGCUCAGCUCUGGUGAUUGAUUUGUUGCCAAAGCGCGGACAGCUGAUCAAGAGAAGCUUUCUUAAAAUGUUUGAACUUUGAACUCUUAAAUUGUGCAAUAAUAGCUUCUUCCAAGUUCCUCCUGUCUGAUGUAGCCUGUUAGUGUGUCAGUGUUAGUGCGGAGUAUUUAAGUAGUAUUUAUGUCAGAGCUUUUAUUUUUUGCUUUUCACAUUGGUGGGAUUUUAAAGGACCAAAGGUCUGUAUUUCAAUGUUCUCCAAACAUUUCUUAAAGGUCAACUUGAGCUGUUCUAGUGAUUUAUUUUUUAAAGAAUCUGAUGCCAAUGAGUUCUAUUUAUGUCAUGUAUAUAAAACACUCAGCAAGGGAUGUGUGUGAUUUUUAUCUUCCCUAAAUUUAAAGCCAAUGUCUUUCUGGGUCUUUGAAAUAUAAAUGGAUCUGCGUGAAAACGAGAGUUUAUAAGGCAUUUCAUUGUAAAUGUAGAGAUGUACAUUAUUAAUCAUCACUUUUAUUACUGAGGAGCUUCUAACUGAUGUAAUGUAAAACUUUGUCCUGUCUUCUUUGAGUUUGACUCAGUAGUGUUCACUGUGUUUGUGUCUAAAAAGAGCUGUCAAUCAUUUCAGGGGCAUUGUGGAUGCUUGAGUUUGGUGGUGUGGGGAACUUAAACUGUGCCUUCUAAACUGUUGUAAAAUUCAUAGUUCUGGAUUAAAUGGUUUCACACA